GCGACAUUGUUCAUUGAAAUUCUUUUCGAUGCACAACGGUGGCUAUACUUUUAUUGGUCCGUAACACGAAAACUAUCCCAACAAGGCAACAGGACGAAAAAUGGAAAAAAUAUCUUAAUCGAGGCAUAUGAGUAGUGGCAUGGAGGCCUUAAUAGCUAAUCUUGAAUGUAAUAUCCGGAGCUCGUCAUACACAUGUUUGCUUUAAAUAAUGUUUGGCAAACAUCUCUUGAAGUUUUCUUGAAAGCUGUAUUUUUGCAAUGAUGUUGACUUCACGUUCUCUUAUAUUCGCCCUAUCCUUUAUUCUCUACGGUUUUUGGCCGUUGGUGAUCGCCAUAGAGACCACCAGUUUACCUGCGCCUCCAAAACCAGUGCCAACAGGCGGCGAGUUCUGUCCGCAAAAAGUCUGUGUUGCACCUGGUUCUGGUGGUAGAAUGGACCCUCAGUGUCCCGAUCGUUGCAAAGAUGAUUGCACGUUCAUUGCUGAUCCAUGUUGCCCACAGCAGCGAGCACCAGUAUGUAACGACGCAAUUUCCUCCAGCAGUAUCUCUUCGGCAACUGCUUCUGGAGCUAAUACUUCCCCAACUGCAGAAAGUUCAAGCGCUGUUUCCACUGUCAGCAGUUUUGUUAGUAGCUCGGCAUCUACGGUGACCCCGGCUUCAACUUCUGUCACGAGUACUACGCCAUCAAGCGAGCCAACAUCGCCUAAAUCAGCAGGCAGCCCGAUUGAAUCUAACUUGUCAAUCAUUGCUCUUGCAUGUAUACUUGUUUUAGCUGCUGAUUAUUGUAGUUAAGUGCCAUCGUUGAACAACUUUAAGCAGGAUAUUGCCUUUUAGUUGUUUGCAGAAUAAAUAACGCUGUUUGCGAAUUUUAUGAAUCCUCUGUCCAAUCACAGAUAUUCUUAUGAGUGUUCCGA